AUGGACAACACGCGAGACCUGGGAGUCAUUGCCGACAUGCAAUGCGGAGUCUUCGCUGCUAUCGAGCGAUUACGACCGCUGGGUUUUCCCCCAGGAUUUCCAUCUUCCUCAACCGAUGCUCAGUACGAUGAGCCCGCAAUCACGAUCCGCCAGUUCUCGGCCGGUCGUUCACACGUGCUCGCCCUUUCCGACAGUGGUCGGAUAUGGUCAUGGUACCAUGCAAAGAACCCGGCGUUACAUAUCAAGUUUGCGAAUGUGGACUUGAAAGACAUGACUCUGUCCGAGAAUUCGUCGAACAAAUCAUCGUCAUACGGAAAGGUGAGACAAGUUGUGGCUGGCUGGAGCCGCAGCUCGGCUUAUGUCCAUGGUUACGGCAUCGUGGUAUGGGACCCGGUUGAACGGGACCACGACGACGAGACGACAGACACAAUGCUGGUCCUGGAGAACGCAGAAGUACCGAGAACGGGGUAUCAGCGUGUCAAGGGAACUCGUGCCCAAUCCGACGAAGAGAAAGCACUUGGUGAAGAGGUUGGAGUUGUGUUGAACUACAUCAUCCUUGAGCAUUUUGUUUUAUUUGUUACGGAUUUGGGCAAAGUCUUCUGUGGCAGAUUCGAAGAAAAGCAUAAAGUGGACAACAUACUGGAGCUCCGAGCGUUGAGCAACGACACGGGAGAGGGUGUUGAUGUACAAGGAUCGUUCCGCCGGUUCGCGAUCUUCAAGAACAACGAAGUUAUCACAAGCGACCAAGGCUACCUCGAGGCUUGCUGGAACAACCAGCGCAGCAAUCCGCAAGAGAGUUUUGCGGAUGGCCUGAAGAAGAUUCCUGCGCUCCAGAAUAGUGGUGUCAUCUCCGUCGCUUUCGGUGAUUACCAUUAUCUGGCUCUCCACUCGAAUGGUGCAAUCACUUCUUACGGAACCGAGCUUCAAGCCUGCGGUGCUCUAGGCUUGGGAAGUGAGCAAGAUGACGAAGGGAAAGCCAGAGGUAUUGUGUAUGAGAGGUUCAAUCACGACGGCCGCCUCCUUCCACAUGCAUACACUCGUGGUCGCCAAGUCUGGUUUGACAGCACCAAGAAAGAAUGGAUCAACUAUCUAACGAAGGGUGGCAAAGAUCCCGAAGAAUCACAGGAGCGCUUGGAUCUGUUCAGGAAUUCGCACAAUGUUCAAGGAGAAGUCUCCGAGUGGAUCGAACAAGAGGGUAGAGCAUUGGAUCAGACGAAUAAAGGAGAUGAUGAACUGGGAGCUCAUUUCGCACUUCGAGUCAGUGCCGCAGGCUGGCACUCUGGUGCACUGGUAUUGGUCAACGAUGAGCUAGCAGAUCAGGCAUCUUCACGAUCGUUUGAGGAUCAGGCUUUCCCGCGACUGAGGCUUGCAGAUGGUACCGAAAUGCCGGGUACGAAGGAAUUUGACGAGUGGAAAGAGGGAAGACCAGAGUGGAACUUGAACAUAUCGGCUUGA